AUGUGUAAGCCAGUACAGAUCAGAUUCUGCUUCGGGUUUGGAUGGGGGGUUAGGCUUGCAAGGCAUGCAAGGCUUGCACCUUGCGCAAGGACUGUGCAAACGGUCAGUCCUGAACCAGAUGCUGACAACCCUGGGGGCGCCCCAACGGACGCCGAGGUUUUUGUCCAACCUUCGCUGGCAAAAGGGAUGCCCUUCCACAAUGGCUUCCUCUACAAGUUAGGUGAUGGGUUGCUGAACACGGGCUGGAAUUUGCGCUAUUUCCUCCUUAUUGGUCAGACGCUCCAGUACUAUCGCAGCCAGCAUGAAGCAAAGCCCCGUGAUGCCAUCUCUUUGAGCGGCGUUUCGGUGGAGUGGUGCCACGAUGCCAGCCGGCCUUUCACCUUCAUCGUCAGCAAAAGUGGUCAGCGCUCCUUCUGCCUGUCGGGCUGCUCGGAACGCGAGGCCUCUGAGUGGGUGGAGCGCAUCCAGGCUGCCAGCGCAGCAGCAGAUCGGCCGUUAACAACCCCUGCAGGAACCAGGUGCAGUGCAAGGGGAACGGUUUGCUCAGGUCAGCACUUUGGGGUAAGCUUCAUGCCACAUUGCCUUGUCAUAGCGUUUUUGUUUGCUUGGUUUUCAUUUGUGCUGAGCUCUCGUCAGGCUCCUGGGCUUUUUGCCGCAGCCGGGCGUGGGAAGCUUAGACCGUUCAUGGCAGUUCCAUCCCAACACAUGUUUCCAUUCACAAUCCUCAUGUUCCAUUAG